AUGGCUGCAGAGGGAAGGUUGAGGGAGCUAGCACAGUUUAACAUGAAUUCAAAAGAUCCAGCGCUUGCUGCAAAGAAAUUAAUCGACCAAAGAGCACUUGGCACUGCCGCGAUGAACAGGCGAAGAAAAAGAAUGGAAUGUAGUACUGGUGCAGGAAAAGGCAAUGGUGAAGUCAGACGAAUUCAUAUUGUUUACUUCCUGAGUCGUGGGGGUCGCAUUGAACAGCCCCAUCUCAUUCGCGUUCAGCAUCUCACUCGAAAUGGGGUUUACCUGCGAGAUAUCAAAAGUUGGUUUGCUGAUAUGCGAGGUAAAGAUAUGCCAGAGGCCUUUGCUUGGUCCUACAAGAGGUUUCAACUAAGAUACAAGAGUGGCUAUGUCUGGCAAGACUUAAUGGAUGAUGAUCUAAUUACCCCGAUCUCUGACAAUGAAUAUGUUCUUAAGGGCUCUGAAACUAUCCCCUCUUCACCAUUUGAUCCUUGUGCUUAUAUUGAAAGGAGAAGCUGUUCCAUCUUCAGAAAUAACGAUCAAAAUAAACCUUCACCGAAUAAAGAAGAAAUUCCAGGAUACGCAGAAGAUUCUGUAGUGCUCGAUUCCCCUACCAAGACCUCUUCCGUAUUUUACCAGGAUUUGCCUCUCUUGGGUUCAGAGAGGUCGACUUUGACGGACGAUUCAUCACUAAAGAUAAAUGAAGAAGACAAAAUCAAAGAAAGAGAAACUUGCGAAAAUGAUUCUUCUUUUUAUACCGCUCUGUUGAACCAGAAGCAGACAACGAACACGACGGCAAAUAACACCAGCAACAACGACGAAGAAAAGAUGGGUAAGCAAGGUUCAUUAUUCUCAUCUUCUAGGCCAUCCUUUGCAAAGAGCAAGAGCUACUCAAACGGGGCUUCCAGUAUGUUCCGCAAUUGGAUUAAAUGCGGUGCCGUAGAAACAAAAGACUCUGUUUUAGUCUCUGUUAACCGGGCUGAUAAAGCUUGUUCAACAAAGUCUACCAACGCCACCCAUCCCGAUAAAAUGGCUGCAGAGGAGCUUUGA